UCAAUUGCUUCAGCAGACAUGGAUUUGAAUCAGCUGGAAGCUUUCCUCACUGCCCAAACCAAAAAGCAAGGUGGCAUCACAUCAGAUCAGGCUGCAGUCAUUGCAAAAUUUUGGAAGAACCACCGGACUCAAAUCCACGAGAGCCUGAUCAAUCAGAGCCGCUGGGAGAAUGUCCUGAAAAACAUGAACUGGAGAGUGGACCUGAAGGCACAGUUGAGGCACGUUGAUCAGAUAAACACUCCUGUUGCAAUAGUUGAAAUGGAACUGGGAAAAAAUGGGCAGGAAUCGGAGUUUCUCUGCCUGGAGUUUGAUGAGGCCAAGGUGAGCCAGAUGCUGAAGAAGCUGUCAGAAAUAGAGGAGAGUAUGACUUUGUUGACUCAAACUACUUAAUCAAAUAAAGAGAUUGCAACUUACAAAACAAUGA